CCACCAGCUAUUCCUCUCGCUGUGAGAGGCCCUUACACGUCUGCAUGGUCUUCAACUGCCGGGGACUCGACUCUGAACAGUGCAGACCCAAUAUUCUGGCCAGGAGACUCCCUCGGUUGGGAGGGCAUUGUGAUGGUCGAUGGCAUAGCAUAUGAAUAUCUAGGAACGGGAUCGCAGAGUCUUCCAAAAUUAAAAAAAUUCCAGAUCGCCAAGCCAGGAAGCGUGAGCUAUGAUUCACAGUACUCGAAUUUCACGUUCCAUGCGGGGCCUGUCGAGAUACUGGCGAGUUUCUUCUCCCCGGUGACUCCCAAAGACAUAUGCCGGAGUUCAAUCCCACUUUCCUACCUGACGACCAGCAUCAGUUCGCAGGACGGACAGUCCCACGAUGUGCAGUUCUACUCAGACAUCAAUGGUGCCUGGAUAUCGUAUGAGAGUAACCAAACGCUCAUCUGGGACCUGUAUAGGUCAGGAAUCGGAGCCACGCAACCCAUCAAUGGCACCGGGAAUGCGACAGACUCGGCCAGCACGCUCUAUUCGUGGAUCUACCAGCUCGAGCAGCCCUACACCUUUGGCGAGGAAUAUGAUUUUCCUCAGUGGGGGAACUUUUCGUACAGCUCCAGUCCGAUGGGCGUGCAGAACUUCAGCUUCCAGGCUGGCUUUUCCGCCGAUGUCCGGUAUGGCUUCGUUAACAAGAAAGUACUCGAUGAUCUCGUGGACUCGGAGUACCGUGGCUCAGGCACGCGCGAGCCUGUGUUUGCCUUUGCCCACGACGUCGGCAACGUGACCUCGGCUCAGGUGCGAUACACCAUCGGCUCCAUCCAGACACCCAUCAUUCGCUAUCUCCACGUGGGCGGCCUCACACCACUGUUGCCCUGGUGGGCCAAGUGUUACGGGCAGGACAUGUAUUCGCUGAUUGCGUAUCAUUGGAACGACUUCGACACCGUCUCGCGCCUGGGGGCUGAUUUCGAGGCGCAACUCAAGGACGACAUUGCUGCCUAUUAUCAAGAGAAUCCCGCUCUCAUCUAUAGCAACCAGACCCCACAAGCGUAUUAUUCCAUCGUUGCACUCUCUGCGCGACAGAUCAUGGGCGCAUACGUUUAUGCCAUUCCUCCCUCCUCGACAUGCGGAAGUGAGGCGUUGGACGGCGCGGAUGAGAGCACUCCGCUGAUGUUCCAGAAAGAGAUUUCGAGUGACGGCAAUGUCAAUACAGUCGACGUCCUGUACCCAGCAACGCCCUUCUUCUUGUGGGCGAAUCCAGACAUGCUCAAAUGGACGCUGGAGGCCCUCUUCCAAAACCAGGAGGGCGGAUUCUACCCGAAUGGCUAUUCCAUGCACGACCUAGGAAGUAAUUUCCCCAAUGCCACUGGCCAUGUAGAGGGAAACGACGAGUAUAUGCCUGUGGAGGAGUCUGGCAACAUGAUCCUCAUGUCCUACGCGUACUACAAGUUCUCGGGCGACUCAAGCUGGAUCAAGAGUCAUUACGACAUCUUGAAGCAGUGGGCUCUCUAUCUGAUCCAAUUCUCUUUGAUCCCGUCGGCUCAGCUCAGCACGGAUGACUUUGCAGGUACCCUCCAGAACCAGACCAACCUGGCCAUCAAGGGGAUCGUGGGCCUCCAGGCUAUGAGCGCCAUUGCGCGGAUUGCAGGCGAGGCGGCGGAUGUGGCCAACUUUUCGACGACGGCAACGCAAUACUACCAGAACUGGACGUAUUUUGCCAUCGACCCAUCCGAGAACCACACAAUGCUCUCGUAUGAGUGGCGUUCCUCCUGGGGGCUGCUCUACAAUGUAUUCUUCGACAAGCUGUUGGACCUCGGUAUCAUCGAUAGCAGUCUCUAUGAUAUGCAGUCGGCCUGGUACGCUACUGUGAGCCAGGUAUUCGGCGUGCCGCUUGACAAUCGUCAUCACUACACCAAAUCCGACUGGGAACUGUGGACCGCAGCCACUUGCUCCCCCGAGACGCGCAGACUAUUCGUAAACGGCCUGGCCUACUGGCUCAACUUCACCUCCACCGAAUAUCCAUUCUCAGAUCUAUACGAAGUCAUUGCCGACGGUUCUUAUCCAGAGGUGCCCGACAACAUCGAAUUCAAGGCCCGCCCAGUAGUUGGUGGACACUUCUCCUUACUCUCUCUAUACCGUGCC